AUGAGAGAAGUUUGCAUUGUUUGUUUCGUCGUCUGCUCUGGAGUUUAUCUUGCCCGAAAUGUGACGAAAAAGCCGCCGUUGAGUGCGUGCACAAAUCCUUGCAACAACAUCACAACAGUAUAUUUCAAUGAACAUUUAAUUUUUCUAACUCAACAAAACUCACAAACAGCAUGCAAUCCAAAUAAUCUGGCCACCCUACCAACAGCAGACCUCCAUGAUGUCACAAAUUCAUUACAACUUCAUGAACUGAUACAGUUUUUGCACCAAAAAAGUGACAUCCUGUUGAACGAACUCACUCUAGCCCUACCGACACCCCCCGGCAGUGAUGUGGACUCUUUUGAGCAAUACGAACUUGGGAGUUCCUGCCUGCUGAGGUGCAAUGUGUCGCACAGGUCCGUCAAAGAGAAAGGCAACAUCAGCUGGUCCUUCAAUGAGAAGCAGAUCGUCCCAGCCUCCAUCAAAUUUACCCAAAAGCACACGGCAGCAGUGGUUUCUUAUUGCAACAGAAGCUUUGAGUCAGUAGAAAAUGACCCGCUUGUCGACCCGCCAAGUUGA